AUGUCUUCACAGUCCAACAAGAUCGCCAUUGUGGGUGGCGGGCCAUCUGGCCUUGCUCUGGCGGCGCUGUUGGAGAAGAAGGGCGGUUUCGACUACGUCGUCUACGAGAGCAGCGCCGAGCAUGUCCCUCCCCGUGGAGGCUGCCUCGACCUCCAUCCCGGGAGCGGACAGCGGGCCAUGCGCGAGGCCGGAGUUUUUGACGAGUUCAAAAAGUAUGCGAGGUACGGCGACGCAACCAUUCACCGUCUGUUCGACCACAAGGGCAACAGCCUCUUUGACUUUGGCGAAGGCCGUGAUGCCCCAGAGAUUGAUCGCUGGGCCAUCCGCAAGGUCUUGCUGAGUGGAAUCCCCAAAGGCAAGAUUCACUGGAGGAAACCGGUUCAGAAGGCGGAGAGGGACGAGAGCGGCCAGAUUGUUUUGACCUUUACCGACGGCUCAACUGCUUCUGGCUUCAAACUGGUCGUGGGCGCUGAUGGCACUUUUAGCAAGAUCCGGCAUCUGGUCACGGAUGCGAAGCCGGUUUACUCUGGCUUUUUCUACAUCACAACCAAGAUCCAGCCAGAGAACCCUUUCUAUCCCAAGAUGAAGGAGUUGUGCCGGAUGGGCUCCAUGAUUGUCAUGGGCAACGGCGUGCACAUGUUCAACUCGCGCCAGGGCGACGGCCAUUACCGUGUCGAUGUCGGCAUUCCCGGGCCCGAGAACUUUGCCACUAGUGGGAUCGUCGACGUCGCUGACUGGGAGGCACUCAAGAAGUAUCUCUUGCAGGACGACUUUUUCGGGCCGUACUCGAAGGAGAUGCAGGACAUCAUCACCAACAGCGAUGGGCCUUUCCGACCAUGGAUCAUGUACUACUUCCCCACGGAUCGGCUGAACUGGCAGCCGGUGUCUGGAGUGACGCUGAUCGGAGAUGCUGCUCAUGUUACCACGCCCUUUGUUGGCGACGGCGUCAACUGCGCAAUGCGUGAUUCCUGCAUAUUGGCAGGCAAGCUCAAGGAGCUCGGUGUCACGGACAAGGCGGUGGCGGCCUAUGAGAAGGAGAUGUUUCCCUUUGCCAUCGAUGUCAUUACGAGGAGCUUGCAGAGUCAAGUCAUGUUCUUUGAGAAGGAGUCGCCCAAGACUUUCAUUGAAGUCAUGAGUUCGGGAAAGCCGUUGAUUGGCACAACCGAUCAUAUUUGA